GAGCAGUAUCGACGAUCUACCAACAAGAACGAAGAAUAAUCUCGGCCAAGAACACAAGCACCACGUACGCCAUGGCGCUGACAGGCGACAUCUACAAGCUCAUGAGCACCGAAGACAUGCUCCAGGGCCACGCCGAGCUGUGCAUCCACGCCUACGGCUUCGUCAAGUCCAUGGCGCUCAAAUGCGCCAUGGAGCUCGGCAUUCCCGGCGCCAUCCACAGUAACGGAGGCGGCGCCACGCUCGGCGAGCUCGCCACCCGGAUCGCGCUCCCUCCAUUCAGGCUCCCGCGCCUGCGCCGCCUCAUGCGCGUGCUCACCGUCUCGAGCGUCUUCUCCAUCCACUACCAGCAGCCUGACUCCGCGGACGGAGGUGCCGCCGUCUACGGGCUCACCCGGGCUUCCCGCCUACUCGUCGGAGACGAGACAUUCCCGGGGCUGUCCCACCUCGUGUCGCUCAUGCUCGACCCGAACCUCGCGGCGCCCUUCUCCGGCAUGAGCUCGUGGUUCAUGGACGAGCGGCCACGCUCAAUCUUCGAGAUGCACCACGGCGAGGACAUCUGGGGCGUGGCCGCGCGGGACGUGGCGCUGAGCAGGUCGGUAGGUGACGGAAUGGACUGCGACAGCCGCUUCGUUAUGGAGGUUCUCCUGAGGAAGGGUCUCGGGCGGGAGGUGUUCAGUGGUGUGGGCUCGCUGGUCGACGUCGGCGGCGGCACCGGCGCGGUCGCGAGGGGCAUCGCGGCGGCGUUCCCGAACGUAGAGUGCAGCGUCCUAGAUCUCCCUCACGUCAUCGCGGAGGCACCAGCCGAUGGCGACGUGCGCUUCGUCGCCGGGGAUAUGUUCGAGUACAUUCCCCCGGCGGACGCUGUUCUCCUCAAGUCCGUGAUGCACGAUUGGCGGGACGACGAGUGCGUCAAGAUACUGCAAAAGUGCAAGGAGGCCAUCCCUUCUAAAGAUGCUGGAGGAAAGGUGAUAAUUAUAAAUAUGGUGGUUGGGUUAGGAACAUCGCAGGAUAACAAUCGAAAGGAGGCACAAGCGUUGUACGAUCUCUUCCUCAUGGUUAUUGAAGGAGGCGAGCGAGAGGAGGACGAGUGGGAGAAGAUCUUCCUGGAGGCUGGAUUCAGUGGCUACAAGAUCAUACCAGUGCUCGGCAUUAGGUCUAUCAUUGAGGUGUAUCCUUAAUUAAACACCAUACUAAAUAUGCCACCUUGGUGAGAACCCUAAGAAUAAUAAUCAAGAUCUGUAAAUUUACUACCUACAUAAUUUAUUGUUUGUGUAUGUGUGGUUGAUAUUUGAUGGAAUUAGUUUGAUCCAUGCUCAGAUAGGAGGUGUAUGUAUCAUUCUGUAUCUUCGACUAUAUUAUUGCGCAUUAAGUUUCUUGAUAUCGUCA